AUAUACACUACAUUUGGCAUCAGGUGGACAGAAUUACUUUGCCUGCCAUACUGGAACCCAACCUGGUUUGUAGUUGUGGAUUGUAUGCAUAAUUUCUUCAUCAGUGAUCUCCAACAUCAUUGCCACAAUGUUCUGGGCCUUAGCACUGAUUCCAAGCCCACCAAAAAUCCUCAUACACAACUCCACAUGCCUGAGGAACAACAAAGACAGCUGAAUGCUGGUAUUAAUGCCAUCAAGAUUGGUUCAAUAAUGGCACUGACUUGCCUGAGGAGAGGCUACACUGUUGUGCUCACAAAUGCCAACAACAUUACACCUCCAAUCCCCACCAUUAGUAACAAUCCUUUGGUUCAGCUGACCAAAAGUGAUCAAACCAUUGGCAAGACAGCAUAUGUGCAAGCAUUAAUUGACUGGGUAAGUGAUGCAGUGAUGGCACUUGUUAAUUUUAUAGUUCUUAUCUCAGGCCAUCAGUAUACAGUGAGGGACAAAAGCAUUGCAAUGUUUGUGAGGUGUGACUUGCUGCUGAUGUAG